UUCUGGGGGGGUUAGUUGCGGGGACCCGCUAGGCUGGUCGCGGCCGAGCCCAGAGGGAUGGAGUCGGUGGCCGAGGGACCCGAGUUCGGGGCCUUCAAGCGACCGGCGCUGCCGCCGGCGGCCCCGCUCCGCGGCAAGGAGGUGGGCGCCGCUCCCCGGGACCCCGAGGGGGAAGCAGCGGGUGGGGAGCCGCCGGCGGAGAGCCAGCCCCAGCCCCGGGCCCCAGGCUCGGCCCCCGGACCCCUCCCCGCCGCGGCCCCGCAGCCCCGCUACCAGGAGCCGCCGUGGGGCAGCUCUCCCCCAGCCGAGGCCGGCUACGGCCUGGAGACCCUGAAGGGCGGCGUCAUCGUGGGCACCCUGCGCUUGGAGGGCAGGAGCUGGUUCCUGGUGGGGCGGCUGCCGGGCUGCGCCCUGGCCCUGGAGCACCCGUCCGUGUCGCGGCACCACGCCGUGCUGCAGUACCGCGGCCAGGCCCAGCCCGGCUUCUACGUCUACGACCUGGACAGCACCCACGGCACCUUCCUCAACAAGGCCCGGCUCCCGCCCCGCACCUACUGCCGGGUGCGCGUGGGGCACACGCUGCGUUUCGGGGGCAGCUCCCGCCUCUUCCUGCUGCAGGGACCUGAGGAGGAUCAGGAGUCUGAGUCGGAACUAACUGUGACUCAGCUGAAGGCUCUGCGCAAGCAGCAACAGGCAAAGUUAGAGAAGACAAUGUUAGGUGAGGACUCCGAUGAAGAUGAACAAGAAGAAAAGGAAGAGAGAAGAAAUGAGAACAAUCAGAGUAACGAUAUGAGUUGCUCGUGGGGAAUGGGGGAAGAUGCUGAGGAAGAUGAGGUUGAAGAAAAUCCUAUUGCCAUCGAGUUUCAGGAGGAGCAAGAAGCCUUUUAUUUGAAGGACCCUAGGAAGGCGCUUCAGGGUUUCUUUGACAGGGAAGGAGAAGAACUAGAGUAUGAAUAUGAUGACCAUGGACACAAUACCUGGCUCUGCAGGGUUAAGUUGCCUGUGGAUGAUGCAUCAGGGAAGCAGCUGGUGGCAGAGGCUAUCCAUUCAGGAAAGAAAAAGGAAGCAAUGAUACAGUGCGCGUUGGAAGCUUGCCGAAUACUGGAUGCUAGAGGUGUGCUGCGGCAAGAGGCAGUAUCCCGGAAAAGGAAAGCAAAGAACUGGGAAGAGGAGGACUUUUAUGACAGUGAUGAUGACACCUUCCUUGACCGAACUGGGGUUGUUGAAAAGAAACGACUGAACAGAAUGAAAAAAGCUGGGAAAAUAGAAGAGAAGCCGGAGACUUUUGAUUCACUGGUUGCAAAGUUAAAUGCAGCUGAAAAAGAACUUUCUGAGAUAACAGAGAAGUUGAAGGUUUCAGGGAAAGCCCAACCCCAGACGGCUUCUCAGGAUUCCUUGGAUGAGUUCAUGACUGAAAUAAAAUCAGGCUGCUCCUUAGACAGCGUAAUGAGGAAGAAGCUUCAUUUGCGGUCCUUUGAAUUGAGGAAAGAACAGCAGAGAUUGAAAGGGUUAAUAAAGAUUGUUAAACCUGCGGAACUGCCAGAGCUGAAGCCCCAGACUGGGAGUCAUGGUCUGGAACGAGAGAGCAAGCCUAAAAAGCUAACGUUGCCUCUCUUUGGUGCAAUGAAGGGAGGAAGAAAAUUCAAACUGAAAACUGGAAACCUAGGGAAGUUGCCUGUUAGACGUCCAGAUAUCCCUGAAAGCUUGUUAAAAAUGAAAGAUGAUGGGCCUGAAGUGGAGGAGGAAGAUGAGGAUGAAGAUGAGGAGCAGGAAAUCAAAGCAGCAAACAUCGGGACACAAAAAACUGAGAUGAAAAUGGCAAGAGAAGAAGAAGAAGAGACUAGUCUUCCUGCCAAUUUUCCUAGUAAGAAUCUGGAACCUACCCAUGGGAUUGGUUUUCAGUCUCAGCCCAUCAGCAAGCAGUUAAAGACACCAGAGAAUGAAUAUCAGGUGGACCUAUCACAAGAGAAGUCUCAAGCAUCGGAGAGAGCGUGCAAGACAUUUGAGGAGAGCCCCAAGAAAAAGACGAAAGUGGAUGGCCCAAGCAGGCUCCAGCAAGCGCUUUCCUCCUCGCAGUACCCAGAAGAUGACCCAGACUACUGUGUAUGGAUGCCUCCUGCAGGUCAAAGCGGUGAUGGCAAGACUCAUCUGAAUGAAAAAUAUGGCUAUUAAGCUUCACAGACCUCAGAGCCACUGCCUGGGGCCUAAGGGACCGUGUUACGUUGGACAACUUCCUGCACAGAGUUGAGUGAGGGUUGAAAGAGUUGGCUUCUUGGAUGUUUUCCAGAUUGAAUGGCAUCAGCACCAGUUCGGACAGUUAUCUCAAGCAUUGCAUUUGUUCUUUGGUUUUAAAACACUUCCAAGGAUUCCUGAGCCUUGCAUACAAAUUUUUCCACCUCUUCCUUCUGCAGUUGGCCUGGUCGUUGUAUUCAGCGUGAGAAUGUUAGACUUGUAAGGGCUUUAUGUUUAUUAGCUUGAUGAGGUGAGACAAAGCUGGUUUUAUCCAAUAAAAAUGAGAACACAAGUGUUCUCUGCCUCCAAAUUAUACUUAAAAUGGCAUUGUCAGGGCAAAUGUGACCCAAAGUUCAAGUUUUAUAAAAACAUUUUAUUUCAAAGGAAAUAUUUUUUAACCAAAAAAAAAAAAAAAAAAAAAAAUCCAAAUCCUUUGCAACCUUUGGAACUCAAGCAUUUCAGCACUGAAUAGUGCAAGAAAACCAGAGAAUGAAAUUGACUGGAAACACUGAGAAAAAUGCAAUAAUUAGAGGCAUGGAAAUACUCUCAUAAGCAAUCCAAAUAUUUUCAAAUUUGUCUUCAUAUCUUUCAGAAGAGACAAAUUUGAGGGGACAUGAUAAAAUCCCCUAAAAUAAUGAAUGUUCUAGAAAAGGGAGAUCGGAAUUUCUGUUCUCCUUGUGUCAUAACAUAAGAACAUUGAGACAUUUUGAUGAAUUUGAAAAAUGAUACAUUCAAAAUUGAUAAAAGAUGAUAAUUCUCUCAGUGCAUAAUUAGACUGUGGAACUCAUUGCCACAGAAUGUUGUUGGAGGCAAGAAUUUAGUGAGGACUAAAGAGGGAUUUGACCUUUCUAUAGAUGACAAGAAUAUCCAGAAUUAUAAAAAUGAAUGCUGAAAAAGAGUAUUGGAAGGAUCCAAUACCUAAUUUAUAUAUAAUACAAAACCUGCUGCUUAAAAUAAUUCCGAAUUAUGAGAGAUAAGGAAGAGACCUUGAAGGGAGCAGAUUACCCUCGUCUGCCAACUGUGCAGUUUCUUCUAAAGCAGUGGUGGGCAACCCGCGGCCCGUGAUCUGGUGCCCAGGAACCUGGCAAACUGCGGCCACCAGGAGCUUUGGGGGGCCGCACCUGCGGAUAGUCAACUUCAGCAAAAUGCCUUGCGGCCCGCUAUCAGAUUACCCUGAUGGGCUGCAGGUUCCCACCACUGUUCUAGAGCAUGGAUGCUGGCCACUGUCAAGAGACAAGAUACUGGAUUCAAUCAACCAUAGGUCUGAGCCAGUCCAACGUUUCCUAUGUAAAAUAGCUCUAUAAAAUGGCUACAGUGGUGCUUGCAUUAUGCAUAAGGAAAUUCUUCUUUAAAAAUAUGGAUUUUAUCCUGACAAUGUCUCUUCACCUUCCUCUUUCAUCGAACAUGUUUCUAGGAUGGUCAUAAUAGUUCAGGCUUUUCUGUCUUUUCAGCGUUGUGUGUUUGGGCAGAUGCCUUUCAUAUUCCCCUAUUCAAGCCACCACUUAGUUGAGAGUAUUUCUCCCUGGUAACCAAAGUCCACUCACAUCAGUGUCCUCUUACCAGUUCUUUCAAAAUCAUAAUUAAGGAGAAAAUACCUGCAGAUGGAGCUAGCAAAGCACAAACAAAUGCUGUGUCAUAGGCCCCUUCCAUCUAUGAGCUGUAGUAUGUCCAAUUCCUUUCCUCUGGACCUCUGAAGUGUUCCCUUCCUAAUUAACCGCGUUCCCCCCCACCUCCCGCCCUUAAUAAAGCUGAAAAUUCACCCAUACUUAUGCCGGUGGCUUUAAAAUCAAACCCUGGUGUACAAGAGUGAUUUCAUACCCACCUAUUCAGCCACCCAGCUGUUGAGAUGGGUCUUUGCUUCUGGAGUAAGCUACAGUAUCCACACACUUGUUCUCGCUGUUUGUGCCAACAUGUGGCCAGGAUACAGUGCUUUCUCCAGCAUUCAAGGACCAAUUGUCCAAAGCUGCCAUUUCCUGUGCAGAGCACAUGAUUAUUGUAUUCUCUGCCACAUGUUUACCUCAUUAUCAUAAUUACUUUCCCUUGCUACAAAACUUCCUGUUACGUAUUCACCUGUUAAAUACAUUUUAAUUUAUAGGGCAUACACAAAGCCCUCUAGGCAUGUAAUAUCUGGCCAGCUGACUUCAAGAUCUUUUGGUUUGGAGCUCUGUACGUGAAGCAGUUUGUUUGAUAAUUUGCAUAACACGUUAUGUUGUUUCAAGUCAAACAAUUGUACAUUUAAUAUAGUUCUAUAAAUGCCCUAGGUUUUUACAAGCUUUUACAUUCUAAUUUAAAAGUGUGACAUUUAGCAUGAGAUGCUCUCAGCAUCGUGAUGAGAGAAAUUAAGUGCAAUGAAAUGUCAAAAGUUCUCUUUUUCUGAUACCCCGGUGUGUGUGCUUAUAUGUAUAUACAUGUGUAUGUAUACUCUCCACCGUGAAUAUAUUGCAUUGUUGCUGGGUUCUGAUGACCUGUUAAACCUAGGUUCAGUCUCAUGUUUUCACUAGACAUACUCAAUAAAAGUGCUGCCUAAUUGUA